UUCUCAUUUUUCUCUUCCCUUCGCUUUGAUUCGCCUGCUUCCUCUCUGUUGUCCGGUAACAAGGGAGGGACAGAGCGGGGGAUCAUCUUUACAAUAAACGCGCGAGAUCCAUGUGCAAGAAUUAUUUGCAAUAGAGGUGGUUUUAGGAGGAAAUAAUCAUUUGCAAUAGAGGUGUAGAGAGAGAGGAAGGUGGUUUGAGGAGAAAAGCCCCCAUGGCUGCCGCCGGUGCUGGUGGUUUUGUGUUAGGGGCGUCGAGCAGCAGCGGCCGGGCAUCAUCAUUCCCCAACAUCCAAAACAUCAACCAACCUCCUAUUAUUAUUGGACCGCUCAACCACCACGGCAUCAACAACAACCGGCGGCUUCGGCAGAGUGGUGGUCCUAUUACUGUUCGGGCUGGCCCUUUGACAAAAAAGGUGUGUCCGGGAUUCAUCACUAAACAACAACAGCAACGCAAUGGAGGAGGAGGAAGCCCUUUUCCUCUUUCUCUUACCACCAAUACUACCGAUAACAGGAAGCACAAAAAUCAAGUCCCUGUCUCUUACGAAGACCUGGAUCAGUGGAUGGUUGACUCCAUACCAGAGAUUGUCCGGAACAUAGGGAAAGUUCCCUUCUUGAUAUAUGUCUAUUCCCCAAUGGAUGGGGAGGGGAGGAGAUGGCAGGAGAUAGUAGGCGUGGAUUCUUGGAAUGAAAUUCGAAGAUCUCUGAAUGAGAGGGGCCCUGAUGGCAUCAUUCUAGUGGAGGAGCUCCUCAAUAAACAAGACGAUGAUGAUGCCCAAGGUCCAGUGGAGGGGGCCUGUUCUACUAGUACUACAUUAUGGGGUUUAUUGAUUCAAGGGAGAGGGGCUGAUGAUUCCUGUUCCUCCUCUUGCUGUUACAUUUUGAAAACCACUCGAAUCUGCUCAACGGUGGGCUUCUGUACUCAUUUUUGUUUAGCCAAAGCCAAGUGCUUUGGUGAAGCUGCAUCGCUGCAGCUUAGAAAUUCAUGGUUACACAACAAGUGAACAAUAAAUUUAUUCAAAUUCCUUGUUGCUUGAGUGCUUAACCAAACAUUUAUUCAAAUUCGUAGUUACUUGAUUGC